GCCCCCCACACUUCCCAAAUCGAGUAGCACGUGACUGAGCCCCUUACACCCAACCACCCAACACACUAGCCACAUCGCAUUAUCAGCCACAGUUCUAACAUUCUAGAAGUACCUUUGUACCCUAAGCUGAGGUUUUUAGUUCAGCCACCUGGGACCGAGGCUCGGGAGCUUUGACCAUGUUAUAUGACGACCUUGGACUCGAACUCGAAGGAGGCUGACCAGAUACUGAACUAUACGCGUAUUCAUAUACGUAAUUCUAACGAAAGAUCACACUAGGUGCGUCUAUACAUUGCAAACAAUACAAAGCGCCCUACCCAGUCUGCAAACAAUAUUCCCAACUGGAAUCAUGCGGGCAGAGAGCACAUAAGCCGACAACACUGCUUGUUCAAACCACCACCACCACCACCACCACCAUAUCCGCCAUGUCCGAAGUCGUGGCGGCCCAGCCGCCCGCCCUCGAACACGCGCGUCCCCCACUGACUCUCCUCCCCGUUGGCCUCAAAGAAGCUGCACUCGACUCGCCCACCUUCCGCGCCACCGCCGUUCACUUCUCCGACCAAGUCGAGCUGGUAGAGCGCUGGCUCGACGCAUACGUGAAGUCGACGACCAGGCUGAUCCACGACGUCGGCGCGCUUGAGGAAACUAUCAAUACCUUCCUCAACCGCUCGCUGCUACCUACCAACGUCUCCGAGGCUGUCUUCGAUCAUGACUAUACACUCCUUGCUAUGCAGCGCUUCGGGGAGGGCUCGCGUGACUGGUGGUCCCAGUUCGUGGGCGGGGCGAAGCGCAUGGAGACGAUGCUGGUGGAGCCUCUCAAAGCCUUCAUGACCGGCGAGCUGCGCAACUUCAAGGAUGCGCGGAGAUACCUCGAGCAGUCACAGCGUGUGUUUGAUACGACACUCGCGCGAUACCUGGCACAGUCGAAGACAAAGGAGCCAUCGUCGCUACGGGAGGAUGCCUUCCAGGUCCACGAGACGCGCAAGGCGUACCUGAAAGCCUCGCUGGACUUCUGCCUCCUCGCGCCACAGGUGCGGUUUACCCUCGACAAGCUACUCGUCCAAGUGUCGACGGAGCAGUGGAAAGACAUGAAGAAGUCGCGCGAACUGGCUGGCAUGAACGCUACACGCUGGAACGCCGAGAUGGAGCGUAUAAAAGGGUGGAGUCGCGAAAUGGACUCCGGCGAGCAUGUUUUCCGCCGCGAGCUGCAGGCGGCGAGGAAGGAGAUCGCGCAGACGGCUAGUGUGGCAGCGCAGCCGUCGCGGGAGCUGGAGGACUAUCAUCUGUCUACUGUGCCAUAUAUUAGCGCCAAGGGCCCGUCGCUGCUGAAUCUGCAGGCGAGCUCGAUGUCGGAGAAGCAGGGAUGGUUGUGUCUGAGGGUGAUUUCGGGAAAGCCGGCGAGGACGACUUGGGCGAGGAGGUGGUUUUAUGUGAAGAAUGGGAUUUUUGGGUGGCUGGUGCAGGGGUCGCAGAGUGGUGGGGUCGAGGAGAGUGAGAAGAUUGGGGUUUUACUUUGUAAUGUGAAGCCUGCUGUUAGUGAGGACAGAAGGUUCUGCUUCGAGGUCAAGACCAAGAAUGCAACGAUCCUCCUACAGGCCGAAACACAAGGCGAGCUGAUGGAGUGGCUCGAAGGCUUCGAGAUCGCUAAGAACAACGCCAUCAAAGCCAGCGCUGAUGUAUACUACUCAUCCACCGGCCUCGACCCAGCCUUCUCCAUCACCCCCCCAUCAGUCCCCGAAUUCGCCGCCAAGACCGAAGGACAGAUGUCCACCAUUGAAGAGUUCUCAGCCCCCCCCUUAGACCGUGGCAACACCCUCCCCAUCCCUAGCUUCGAGCUCAGCGGCGCCCCCCGCCCCAGCGUCGAUGCCUCGACUGCGCGUCGCUCGGGCCGCGAGGAAGGCGAGAGCGGGCGCGAUCACGCCGCGAGACUGAUCCAGAAACUCGAUCUACACCGUCGCGCCACGACUAACGGGCAGGACGCCGCGACGCCUCCGACGCCAAACCCGUCGUUUGGAGCGAUUGGUGGCAUUGGCAUUGGGAGUCUCAUCUCGGCCAGCCAUAAUAUCUUGCCUGUGUAUGCGCCGCCUGUGCUCACGCAGUCGGGGACCUUGAAAUCGCUACCCGCACCGAGCGAGUUCCAGUAUAACACGCUUGCGCCAUCGACGCUGGCGAAUCCGCCAGCGCCGACGAAUCUGAGUAAGACGGCUGUGGUGGUUAGUGGGGAGCGAGGCAUUGGGCUCGGCAAGAGCGAUGCGAGUGGGAGCAUGCCGAAUGGUAUCUUGGCCAAUCUGUGGGGAAGCAGUAACUGGGGAUACAACAACCGCCUCGGUGCUGAUCUUUCGGAGCCGCGGAACGUGAAGAGGACGCCGUCGCCGAAGCCGCCGGGCGAGGAGGAGGGUAAGACGGAUGAGAAGAUGCUUGUUGCGCCGGGGAUGGGGACGGCGGUUAGCAUGGAUAUCGAGACGGGGGUGAAGGCGCAGCCGCCGUCGCCGCCGCAUCGGAAGGCGUUUAGUGCGGAUACGAUUUCGUCGGCGUCGCAGAUUUCGAAGUCGGCGCAGGCGGCUCCUCAGGUUCAGGCUGUGAAGGGGGAGGAGUUUCCUAGCAACUACCCGCUUGAAUUGAAGGCUCAAGAAGCGCAGUUCAGGACGCUGUUUGCUGAUGUGCCGAGGGAGGAUAAGGUGGUUAUUGUCUUUCGCGCGACGUGGAAUCCGAAUGGCCAGCAGGAGUUCCCGGGACGUGUUUAUGUUACCCAGAAAGACAUGUACUUCUACAGUCACCACCUCGGUCUCGUCCUGAUUACGAGCGCCUCACUAGACACCAUCGACGAAGUAACAGCCGCACCAGGCAAAGACUGCGAUUUCUUAUUCUUACACCUCAAAGAAAGCGCUAUCACAUCAGACUUCACACGCAUCACAAUCAAGACCUUCCUCGAGCCCCUCCGCCUACUCCAAUCGCGCCUAAACUACCUCAUCGAGACCCACCAACAGCAAUCCCCCAAAUCCCUCAAGGACAUCAUGACCGACCUCGUCAAGCUCGAGACCGACGCCCAACCCCCCAGCUCCAGCAACUCAAGCUGGGAAGACCUCUCCCUCCCGACCCUCAACGAGCGCCGCGCCACCCGCCGCGACCGCGACCUCAAGCGCGCUAUCCACGUCUCGCGCGGCGCCACACUCGAGGCUCCACGGCCGGCGAAGUUCCAACUUCCUGCUCACCCUGUCAUCUACGAGCCGCCGGAUAUGCCGCAUAAGUCCGUUGAGCGCAUCUUCGAGACGAGUCCGAAAUCCCUCUUCCACGUCCUCUUCGGCGAUAAGUCUGCCGUCUUCCAACUCCUCUACCAUCAGCGCCGCGCACAGCGUAUCGCGCAGGGGCCGUGGACGCCGCUCGAGCGCCAGGGCGACGCGCAGGGGCGUAUGCAGCGAGAUUUCUCGUUCCAGAUCGAUUACACGGAUCUCUUCCGCCGCCAGUGGCAGGCUAACGUGGUCGAUUCCCAGGUCAUCGAUGUGCUGAACGACCACGUCUGCUAUGUCGUCUCGGACUACAAGACACCCUGGCAUCUACCGCAUCACGCGUAUUUCAAACUCGUUAAGAAGAUCGUCAUCACAUAUGUCGCUAAGUCGCGGUGUAAACUCGCUAUCUUCACCGCGGUUCAGUGGUCGCAUGCGCCAGCUUUCUCGAAGGGGUUGGUGGAGCGACAGGCUACGGAUGAUUUGGACCUUGAUGCACUUGACCUCGCGGAUCUCGUAGCGGAUCAGGUCCGGAAACUGGGGCCCUCAGCACGAACUAGCAAGGCUGUUCAGAUCUUUGGGCAUGUCGGACAGCAGACGUCUGUAUCCCUCUUCUCCUCCGCUGAUGGCGCGUUACCAUCGCGUCACGCUAUCAAGCAACGAACCCUCGGAACGAUGGUAUGGGAGCGCACGUCAUCUUUCCUCGAGACGGCCGUGAGUGUGAUAAUGAUGUGGACCUUUGCGCUACUCAGGAAAGCAUGGAGUGUCGCGAGCGCGAACUCGAUACUCUUGAGUCUCCUAGCGCUGAGUGUGCUGGCGAAUGUGUUCAUGUCGGGCAAGGACGCGAGUGAGUGGUGGACGGAGCGGGGGGCGGCGAGGUAUAUGGCGCGGUUGGGGGUUGGGCCGAAUACGAUGAUGAGUAAGGCGGUGUUUAUUGCGGAUUUGGAGGAUGCGGUUAGGGUUGGUUGGGAGAGUCGGGAGGAGAGUCCUUGCUACUCAACCUUUCUAACCCUGACCAAUACAACCGACCUCGACGCCCCCUUCUCAGCAUCCCACUCCCCCUCCCACUCCCAUUCCUCCUACACCCCCAACUCCCCCCUCGUCAUCCGUUCCAAAUCCUCCACUGCCUCCGCGCGACGCCUCUUAACCGCCCGCCAAUCCCUCGCGACGCAGCGCUUUGAUCUGCUGGUCGCGCUGCGCGUGGUGAAUAGAGUGGAGCGCGCGGUUGUGCAGGCGGAAUGGGAGGAGUGGGUUAGAGGGGAGGGGGGGAGGUGUGAGGCGCUUAGGCGGAGGGUGGGUAGUGGUGGGGGGAAGGGUGAGGUGGGGAAGGAGGCGUUGGAGUGGAUGUUUGGGGGGGAGGAUGGGGGUUAUUGUGGGAGUUGUUGGAGGGAAGAGGAGGGGUUGGGGGGGUAUGUGUAG